UCGCUGUUGUGUGAAGAAGAGUGAAAAGUGUUAUAGCUUUGUUUCUGCAACAGAGAAUCGAUUGGCGAAAAAAUUCGCUGUUAUUUCUUGUGGGAAAUACUGCUUAUAGCGAAGAGAUUAAACAAGUGCAAUAGCAAUGUCCAGCAAAAUCGAGGAAGCCCAGGAGCAUAUUCGUCAGGCUGAGAAAAGUUUGAAAACCUCCCUUCUCAAAUGGAGGCCGGAUUAUGACUUUGCUGCUGAUGAGUACAACAAAGCUGCGACUUGCUUCCGAAAUGCGAAGGCUUUGGAUCAAUGUAAGGAGUGCCUGUUGAAGUCAUCAGAUUGCCACCGCCAGAAUCGAGCCAUCUUUCAUGCGGCCAAGUGUCUGGACCAGGUGAUCCUGAUUUGCAAGGACAUGAACAACCUGGCCGAGGUACGUAAGUACGCGGAAAAGGCUUGCAAUCUCUACCAGCAGCAUGGAUCGCCCGAGUCCGGUGCUGCGACGCUCGACAAGGCGGCCAAGAUACUUGAGGGUACAAAUCCGGAAGAUGCCCUGCAGUUGUACAAGUUGGCCGUCGAUGUAGCCACGAUUGAGGACUCCUCUCGACAGGGAGCUGAAUACGCCAGCAAGGUGGCUCGAAUCAUGGUGAAGUUGGGAAUGUACGAUCAGGCCGCGGAUGCCGUUCGUCGCGAGAUUGGUUUGCAUCAGCAGGUCGGAUCGGAAGCUGCCAUUGGCCGGCUGGCCGUUGCUUUGGUGCUUGUUCAGUUGGCCCGUGGAGAUUACGUGGCCGCAGAGAAAGCGUUUAAAGAAUGGGGUAAUUGUUGCGAUGUUGCCGAAAUUCAGACAUUGGAAUCUUUGCUACAAGCCUAUGAUGAUGAGGAUCCUGAAUUGGCUGCCCGUGCGCUGGCAUCGCCCUUCAUUCGUCACAUGGACGUCGAGUACGCCCGACUGGCAAGGGAUUUGCCACUACCGAAGGGUGUUGCCGUUGCUCCGAAGGCCAAUGUUAUCGAAAACGCUGCCGCCUCGUAUGUUUCCCCGAACAGUGGAAAUGCAGCUGAGGGAGCUAAAGCGGCCCCCGGUUCCGGUCUGGAAGAGGAAGAGGAAGGCGGUCUGUGUUAGUGUGCAUCCAUUUUAUUAGUCCCUAGCGAGCAGGUUGGGUUGUGUGAUAGAGGUGAAGCUGCUAUUAUUACGAUUAUUGUUACUAGUAAGUAUAUUUAUACAUAGCAUAGAUUACGAUAUAUAUAUAUAUUUUGAAGCAAAUCAAGCAAAUUUAUUGCAAGCACCCAAACUGGUAUGAGAGGUGGAAAUGUCCCGAUUGGUUUAAGCAGGAAAAAAACAAACAAACAUUAUUUUUCAACGAAAGUUUAGCGUAUGUUCCUCUACACAUUAACCGGCCAGAUGACCUAUGUUGCAUUUUAGCUUUAACAAUAAAAAAGAUGUUUUGAAAUGGCUGUUCAUAACACCUCUACUAGCUCUCGUUAAAAGUAUAAUAAUAAUGAUGAAAUAAAAACACAAAUAUGUAUAUCUUGAACUUAAGACAAAGAUGUUUCUUGCCGGGAAACAACCCGCUAAUCUCGUAUCAACAAUCUAUCAAUCAAGUACUAAAAUGCUAAAAUCAGAAAAGAAAUAAGCGCGAUUAUUACUAGAACUAAGAAUUUCUCCAGUAUGUUUUUAGAAACAAUAAAAGAAUCGAACUCGCGCAUCAGUCGAAAUGGCAUUUAUGUACAAAAAAAACUUCCCCUUGGGUUUCGUCCUUCCCUCCCAUUGGCUGCAACGUCAUGAGUGUAUUGUAUUUUUCUUUUCUUUUCGUUUGCAAGCUAGAUGAACGGUUAAAGUCAGGUUUUUAUGGCGCGUUUAGUCGAAAGGUAUAUAUGACUCCGCACAAUU